UAGCUGAUCGGAGUUCAAAUAUAUCUCACAAAAAACUGAAUAAGAAAAAAACAAUAAUAAAUACAAAACCUAGAUUUUCAUUUAAAAAAUGCUUAUUGUAUUGUUUCAAUCAUGAAAUAAAUUAGAUUCCAAUGUACUUUUGGCUUUGUCAGGCAUCUUUUUCUUUCAUUUUACGUUAUACAGCAGGGACUAUAAAUUUCACUUAUAUCCAAAUUGUAUUGAAAAAUUACGUGCGCCAAUAUUUGUUAUGUUAUUAAGUUUACGAACACAUACAGUACAUUGUUGAUAUAUUUCUGUUCUAAGUCUUUUUAAAGACAGACAUUGAGAAGCUCAAAUUUUUUUCUCAUAAAACAACUUUUAUUACAUAUCUCGGUUGAGCAAAAACAUGUAACAUUUUUAUGUCAUCUCUAAACAUUUGUGUCGUGAAAUUGUGAAGGUUUAUAAAAGACAGAUGACUCUUUCGCGAUUAUUAUCUUGUUGAUUGCAUAACAAGUUAUUUAAGCUAUGACGCAGUGCUUUGUUGUGGACUAGAGCACAAAAACGAAAACGUUAAUUUUAACGUUAAAUUACCCAGUGUUACUUUUUUACUAUAUUAAAUUUCGAUACGCUUUUGCGAUAUGCUUUUUUUCUGUAACACGACACAUUUUAUAAGAGGGGCUUUGAUUAAUUUGUUUUGACUUUAAAGUUACUGACACGUUUAUAAAAUAAUUUUAAAAAAGCCAAUGCAAUGCUAUCAAAGUCAUGAGACAUUUACCAAGGAGAUUCUUUGUAAUGGACAAAUACAUGUUAGUGGGAAACAUUGUUUGAUGUAAAAAAAACAGUUCAUGGUAAUAGAAGGGUUAUAUUUUCACGAAGACCGUUCAUUAUUUUUUUCCUUCCUUAGCCCAACAUAUUAAUGGAUACGAUUAGAUAAGGGACAACCUAGCAUUAUCGAGUAGACAGUCACAAAACAAAAACACACUAAGCUGCAAAUAUCCCAGUAUUGGAAUGAACAUAUUGGAACCGCUGACAUGCCUCUGCUUGUGAAAGACUACUCAUGGACGCAAACAGAAACGACUGUUCAUAUUUAUGUGCCUCUGAAAGGAGCCAGGGCUGGAAAGGUUGACAUCGUCUGUACAGACGAAUACCUCAAGAUGAACUACCCUCCGUUUUUAUUUGAAGUAUUCUUUUUUGAAAGUGUGGACAACGACAAAAGCACAUCCAAGGUUGGGAAUGGAGUUGCCGUCAUUAGUUUGCCAAAGAGAAGCCCAAAAAUGUGGGAGCACCUGAUGAUAACGCCGUGCGAUAAAGAAAUGAAGAAACAGAUCAGAGAGUCCGCGUUGCAGAAACAAUGCGACAAUCUAAAUAGUCAGUCCGCAGCAAAGGCGGAGAAGUGGCGAGCUGAGGAGAAGCAUUUAGUGGAAGUGAUGAUAAGUUGCGGGAAAAAGGUAAAAGACAGAAUCCGGAAUCUGAAGAUGGCGGAGCAAGAGAAAACCAUAACUGAGCUGGAAGCCUUGCGGCUGAGCUCAAAACAAACAGAAGAGCAAGAAGACUCAGCAACGACUUGCAACGCUCAAAAUGAUACCAAGACCCAAACAAAGACAACAAUAAAUGGAAAUGACCAACAUCAACAAAGAGAAAGUGCCGCAGUAGCCAGGUGCAAGAAAACACCGUCGCAACUUCCCGCCCUGAGAUGCACGGGAAACAUUCAAGUUAAGUUUACCACAAGAGUUUUCCAAACGCCAUUAAGGGAAUCCAAAGUGCAGGAGGAGGAAGAGUGGCUGAGAAAACAAGCCGAAGCCCGGCGUAUAAUUAGCGCAGAUGCUGAAGACCUCAAGGAGUUACCGGAGGAACAUAGGAACCACGAAUGGCUAAAGGACAAAGGAGAUGCAUUUGUUGAAACGGGCGAUUACCUAAGUGCGUUAAAUGCCUACAGCUUGGCCAUCAGGCUCAACAGAAAGAUCCCAGCGCUCUUCUCAAACAGAGCUGUAUGCCACCUAAAGUUAGGGAAUCUACAAAAUGCUGUUGACGAUUCCUCUCAAGCCAUCGUCCUGUUGACUCCACCUGUAGCUGCCAAUUCAGAAGCAAGGGCCAGAACUCACAUUCACAGAGGAGUGGCCUACUGUGAACUGCAGCUGUACAUCGAGGCGCUGCAGGACUUCGAAGCCGCUCUUACCAUUCGUCCCGACAAUGAGGGUCUGCAGAAAGACGCACAGACACUGCGGAACGUAAUUCAAGGACAAGCAAUAUCGAUGCCCGAGAACUGACAUCAUCAUACAAUGAAUUUAUAGUGGUACUCAAUCAGUGGUAUUCAAUUUCAUUUCUGUCAUUUUUCUACACUUUAUUCUGUUAGUAUCAGUCGUUUUAAAAUGAAGUAUAUUAGUAAAACGGAAGUACAUUUUUCCCACUGUGGCCCGGUACCAAAUGACCUACGGACCAGCACCAGUCCCCGGACCAGUGGUUGGGGACUCCUGGCUUUUGCUCUUGUACAUAACAGUGAACUAGUUCAGACUACAAAGCAUUCAGUCAUUUGAAAUCUAUGUUAAGACCAGAAGAUGCAGAUGACGGCCUGUCAUAGUUUUUCAAAUUAAGAAUUUGUUUUAUACUUGUUUUUAUUUUUGAAUUAUCUGUAAUUUCCAUUCUAAGAGUUGUGUUUCUGCUUCUUGGUUAAGAUGCCUGAUCUAUAAAAAUAUA